UUCCACUUUACUCGCAGAUAAGUUGUAAUUUACUUUUCUUUCUAGUUGUCUUCAUCAGUUUCUGUUUACCAACUUUGAUUGAUUCCCCAUAACAAUGGGAGGGAACUCGCCUUGCGCUUCCUGCAAGUUGCUCCGUCGCCGCUGCGCCAAGGACUGCAUCUUUGCUCCUUAUUUCCCUUCCGAUGAUCCACACAAGUUCGCCAUGGUUCAUAAGGUUUUCGGUGCUAGCAAUGUCAGCAAGAUGUUGCAGGAGCUUCCAGUGCAGCAAAGGGCAGAUGCAGUGAGCAGUUUGGUGUAUGAGGCAAACGCAAGGGUGAGAGACCCAGUGUAUGGAUGUGUAGGGGCCAUAUCUUAUUUGCAGAACCAGGUUUCUCAGCUUCAAAUGCAGCUAGCUAUGGCUCAGGCUGAAAUAGUGUGCAUCCAAAUGCAGCCUGCUCCUCAAAUUUCAUUAGACCAAAUGGUUGAUGACAAAUCCUCAUUUCUCCAUAAUCACCACUUCAAUUUUGCUUCUUCUUCUCUUUCUACCAAUGUAAAUAUAUGUGACUCUCUCAACAGAGACAACAUCUUCGGAGACAUCAUUUCCUAA